AUGACUUGGGGAGAGGGGCUUCCAACGGAUAUUGCUAUCUCAAUCUUCUCUAAACUCAUUAUCUCCAAUUUGAGAGUAUGCAGACUUGUUUGUAAAACUUGGAAUGCUAUGGUUUUAGAUUAUGCUCACUCUUAUAAACUCAACAAUGAUUUCCUUCUCUCUGUCUCUGAUGUAGUCCCCAAUCCUAGAAGUAGUUGGCUAUGCAAUGCUAGGAUGUAUUGUUUCCGUUCUGAUCCUACCAAACGCUUGGAUGUAUAUUUGGAUUUUUUUGAAUUGGAAGGAAGUAAAUCUGCCUUUUCGGUACCCUUCGACGACGGGGACUGGUCCAGGGUCACAAUGAUGUGUUACUGCAAUGGCCUACUGUUUGUUUGCAAAAGCAAACUUAACACAGUGUGUCAUGGCAUAUUUAAUCCCACCACUAAUGAGUUUCACCAUGUUCCUAAAAUAUUUUGUGAUAUUUACCACUUUGGUUUAGGUUACAUUCCUUCAACAAAGGAAUACAAAUUAUUUAGGGCUACUCGUUCAGAUUUGAUUAUGUGUAGGACACAACAAGAAUCUAUCAGACAACGACCUAUUACCAUAAUAGAUGUUUUUGACUUUGGUAGAAACAAAUGGAGGCAACUUCAUUCCCUACCUUAUCUCAUUGACGAUGGUGGUAUUUACAUGGAUGGAGUCGUCUAUUUUGUGGGAAAAGUAAAAAAUAAACCAAAUGACUAUGCCAUCUAUGCUCUCGAUGUUGAAACUGAAAAAAUUGAAUUGAGUGCUGUCUUGAAAGCUGGACGUGGCCCAAGCUCUUCCCGCUCGCGAAUACUACAAUCUAAUGGCAUUGUUUAUGCCAUUAUUUACGUCAACCUACCAACAACAACAACUCAUUCCCAAGUGAUGCAAGGCGUUCAAGUGUGGAGGAUGCAAAAGAAAAACUCAUGGAUCAGAGAAUUUGAGAUCAGAAAAUUUGUUAUGAAUGGCAUGCCAGGCUCAAUUAUCCUUAUCAAAGCGGAAGAGGUUUUGUGUAAGUUUGGUGGAUCCAGUUUUUGCUGGUAUAAUGCUUCCACAAGGACGAAGAAGAUGAUUAGGAAGACUAAAAGUAAGUGCUUAGUGGGCAUUUGUCAAAUAGAAACCUUGAACUUUGGCUUACUUCGAAACAUUUUAGCUGGUGAUGGGAAGGAGAACCGUUAUAAUUCUAAUUAGAAGCAAAAGGAGAACGAUGAAAAGCAGAAGGCAGGUUAGGUUGAAGAUUAUGGUUCGCUUUUGUUUUUUCACACACCAUGUAAUCAACAGUUAGUUUUUUUUCCGCAUGCACCAUGUAAUCAGAACGCCAAAUUUGAUUGGAAUUAGAACAUAUAAUUGUAGGAUGUGUUUCUAAAUAUAAAUAGGUUAUGAUCAAAAUUGUAAUUA